AUAAACAAGAAGAAGAAGAUGGCAGCAUCGUUCAGCUUUUCCAAGCCUUCAUUGGCCAUGAUCAUGAAGGUGGCGGUGAUGGUGGCUCUGGUCUUGGUGGCAACGGUGGCAGAUGGACAGAGCUGCAACACGCACUUGAGUGGACUGAAUGUGUGUGGUGAGUAUGUGUGCCAAGCGAAUGCCUUUGCAACACGCUUCGCAUUGCCUCUAGGCUUCCCACUCGCUGCAACAUCCCUACUCUUUCAUGCAGCUGAUUAUAUGAAAAGGCAUGGAGGGAGAUCAAGGAGGUGGGAUAUCUAAGAAUAAAAACUCGGAGUUUGAGUUGUUGUUUUUCUUUUUCUUUUCGUUUCUGUUAAUCGCCGUAAAACCGAUUGGUCUCGAAUAAAAAAUGAAUAAUAUUGAAGUGAUUUUAUAAAUUA